CUAAAUUGGACCCAAACAGUUGCCAUAGGACAAUCUUACAUCUAAACAAUAAUCUACGCUAAAGUGGUAAAACAAUUUACAGACCGAUAAGUAAUUACUCCGUAAGUACUUCAAUAUUAAAAUAAUUAAAAAAAAAAACAAAAACAGUAGGAAAAACCAAAACCAAAUUAUAGGAAAAAUAAUUAAUCAUAGAAAAAAAUAAAAAAAAUUGCAGACAUUCGGAUGUGUCGGUGGCGUUUCUGUAAAACUGAAAGCUCAAGCUUCUCUGUCAGUAGUCUUUUCUCCCACUCGUAUGCAUGUGUGUUUCUUCAACUACACCCCCCCUUAAAACUUUUAUAAUUUAACUCCAAUGAAUUUUCUCUAAUUUCCGAAUCUCUCUUUCUCUCUCCUCUUUUUUCCCAGCCCCCACUUACACUUUCUCUCUCUAAAACCUCUGCUAAUUUGGUUUCCCUUGUUUGUUACGCAACAAAGUUUUCAUUAUUACUAGUGGAUGCUUCAUUUUGCUACUUCCUCAUUUUCUCACUCUCUCUCCAGGAUGCUUCUAGAUUAAAAGCAGAUUCUGCAUCUGGAGAGAGACAACUGAAGCUAAUAUCUGCAUCUCUGUAAUUUUUUAUAAAGCCUGUCAAGCUGGCGGCUGCGACCGCUUGGAGGUUUGCUGGCAGCAAUGGCAAUGGCCAUGCUGCCAAUGAUCUGGAAAGAAAUAUGGAUGGAAAACUCCAAAAUUCAGAACCUUCAUCCCCACGAUCGGUUACAAAAAUGGGAUUGAGAGACCGUACAACCAGUAUGGAGGAUCCAGAUGGGACACUAGCAAGUGUUGCCCAAUGCAUUGAGCAGUUGAGGCAGAAUUCUUCCUCGUUUCAAGAGAAAGAGUUUUCUUUAAGGCAGUUGCUGGAACUCAUUGAAACACGGGAAAAUGCACUGAGUGCUGUUGGAUCUCACUCACAGGCAGUCCCAGUGCUUGUUUCUCUUUUGAGGUCAGGGUCGCUAGUGGUCAAAAUACAAGCUGCUCGUGUAUUAGGGUCUCUCUGCAAGGAGAAUGAACUGAGGGUGAAAGUUUUGCUAGGUGGUUGCAUACCUCCUCUGCUUGGGCUUCUUAGGUCCAGCUCCUCUGAUGGUCAGGUUGCUGCUGCAAAGACCUUAUAUGCAGUCUCUCAAGGAGAUGCGAGGGAUCAUGUUGGUUCGAAAAUUUUCUCCACCGAAGGUGUUGUACCAGUGCUAUGGGGACAGCUAGAGCGAGGGCUGGAAGCUGGGAAAUUGGUUGAAGAAUUACUGACUGGAGCUUUGAAAAAUCUUUGUGGAAGCACAGAGGGAUUUUGGUCAGCAACAGUCCGAGCUGGAGGAGUGGAUAUACUUGUGAAAUUGCUGACAACUGGACAGCCUGGUACUCAAGCAAACGUGUGCUUUCUUCUUGCUUGUAUGAUGAUGGAGGAUGCAUCUAUCUGCUCUACUGUAUUGGCUGGCGAGGCAGUCAAACAACUCCUGAAGUUGUUAAAAUCUGGUAAUGAAGCAGCUGUCAGAGCAGAAGCUGCGGGUGCUCUAAAAUCUCUUUCUGCUCAGAGUAAGGAGGCAAGGAAAGAGAUAGCUAACAAUAAUGGCAUACCAGCUCUCAUAAAUGCUACCAUUGCUCCCUCAAAAGAAUUUAUGCAAGGGGAGCAUGCCCAAGCAUUGCAGGAAAAUGCGAUGUGUGCUCUGGCGAACAUAUCAGGUGGGUUGUCUUCUGUCAUAUCCAGCCUUGGAAAAAGCCUUGAAUCUUGCACUUCACCAUCACAGGUCGCUGAUACUUUAGGAGCUUUGGCUUCGGCUCUUAUGAUAUAUGAUCAGGAAGCUGAAUCUACGAAAGUUUCAGACCCUCAAACUGUUGAACAGACAUUGAUUAAGCAGUUUAAACCUAACUUACCAUUUCUCAUCCAAGAGCGCACCAUUGAGGCACUUGCCAGUUUGUAUGGGAAUUCUGUACUUUCAAGAAAACUUGCAAAUGCAGAUGCUAAGCGGUUGUUGGUUGGUUUGAUCACAAUGGCUUCAAAUGAGGCUCAGGAUGAGCUGGUAAAAUCGCUGUUGAAGAUUUGUGAUAAUGAAGGUAAUCUCUGGCAUGCACUUCAAGGGCGUGAUGGUGUCCAGCUACUAAUAUCCCUUCUUGGAUUGUCGUCAGAGCAGCAACAAGAAUGUGCUGUUGCAUUGCUUUCCCUUCUUUCAAAUGAGAAUGAUGAGAGCAAAUGGGCUAUUACCGCGGCUGGUGGAAUACCUCCGCUGGUUCAGAUUCUGGAGACUGGUUCUGCAAAAGCCAAAGAAGACUCUGCAACUAUAUUGGGAAACCUGUGUAAUCAUAGUGAAGAUAUACGAGCAUGUGUUGAAAGUGCUGAUGCUGUUCCUGCUCUGCUGUGGUUAUUGAAGAAUGGGAGCUCAAAUGGGAAGGAGAUUGCAGCCAAAACAUUGCAUCAUCUAAUCCACAAAUCUGAUACUUCUACCAUCAGCCAACUCACUGCACUUUUAACCAGCGAUCUUCCUGAAUCUAAAAUUUAUGUUCUGGAUGCUUUGAAAAGUAUGCUGUCUGUGGUACCUCUUAAUGAUAUUCUACGGGAUGGUAGUGCUGCCAAUGAUGCUAUUGAGACUAUGGUUAAAAUAUUGGGUUCUGCAAAAGAAGAAACCCAGGCAAAGUCUGCCUCCACUCUUGCUGGAAUAUUUCAUCUUAGGAAAGAUUUACGUGAGAGCAGUAUUGCAGUUAAGACUCUCUGGUCAGUAACGAAGCUCCUGAAUUCAGAAUCAGAGAAGAUUAUAGUUGCUACCUCUUGUUGUCUUGCUGCUAUAUUUCUGUCAGUAAGGGAAAACUCUGAAAUCGGUUCUGUUGCUAGAGAUGUUUUGCCUCGGCUACUUGUUCUUGCAAGUUCUUCUGUUCUUGAAGUUGCUGAGCAGGCAACAUGUGCACUUGCAAAUCUCCUAUUGGAUGAUGAACUUUCAGAAAGAGUGGUACCUGAAGAAAUUAUAUUACCUGCUACAAGGGUUUUGCGGGAGGGUACACUUUCUGGCAAAACUCAUGCAGCAGCUGCUGUUGCUCGUCUUCUGCAUAAACGUCUGAUUGAUGAUGCUCUAUGUGACUGUGUGAAUCGUGUUGGUACUGUUCUGUGUUUAGUUUCUUUCUUGGAGUUAGCCAAGGAUGGCUCCCUUGCCACAUCAGAAGCCUUGGAUGCCCUUGCAUAUCUGUCAAGAGCUGGAGUUCCAGGUGGAAAAGUCCGACCAGCAUGGGCAAUUCUAGCAGAGUCUCCAAGCCGGAUCACUCCAAUAGUUUCAUGUAUAGCUGAUGCUGCUCCAGCAUUACAGGAUAAAGCAAUUGAGAUAUUAUCUAGGCUUUGCCGUGAUCAGUUAGUUGCACUAGGGGAGAUAAUUUGUAGUUCUUCUGGUUGUAUUGAAUCUAUUGCUAGAAGAGUUAUUAGUUCUAGGGACACAAUUGUUACAGUUGGGGGUGCUGCACUUCUUUCUUGUGCAGCAAGAGUUAAUCAUCACAGAGUAGUGGAGGAUCUGAAUGACUCGAAAUUAUCUACUUAUCUCAUACAGGCUCUGGUGGAAGUGGUUACUACCUCUCAAAGUUCACUGGAAGAUCAGGAGGAUAAUGAGCAGGAGGCAGUGUACAUUUGCAUUCAGUGGGUUACAGAAGAGGGAAGGGAUGCAGAAGCCACUCCUGCCACAAAGGUCAUGUGUGGUACCAAUAUUGCUGUGUGGUUGUUGUCUAUACUUGCUACUCAUGAUGAGAAAAGUAAACUUGCUAUAAUGGAAGCUGGAGGAAUUGAGGCUGUCACAGAGAAAAUUUCACUGUAUACUCAGACUGACUAUAUUGAAGAUAGUAGCAUAUGGACCUAUGCUUUAUUGCUGGCGAUACUGUUUCAAGAUAGAGAUAUCAUACGAGCAAAUGCAACCAUGAAAUCCAUUCCAGUUCUUGCGAAUUUGUUGAGGUCGGAAGAGCCAGCUCACAGAUAUUUUGCAGCACAAGCAUUGGCCAGUCUAGUCUGUAAUGGUAGCAGGGGAACUCUCUUAUCUGUUGCAAACUCUGGUGUAGCUGGCGGGCUUAUUGCUUUACUUGGCUGUGCUGACGAAGAUAUAUACACUCUCUUGAAAUUGUCGGAGGAGUUUUCUUUGGUUCGUUAUCCUGAUCAAGUGACGCUAGAAAGAUUGUUUAGAGUUGAUGACAUUAGAGUUGGAGCUAUGUCUCGGAAAGCAAUACCUGCCCUUGUGGAUCUCCUUAAACCAAUUCCUGAUCGUCCAGGGGCACCAUUCCUUGCUCUUGGGCUUCUCACCCAGCUUGCGUUUGACUGUCCAUCAAAUAAGAUGGUGAUGGUAGAGUCAGGAGCACUUGAGGCAGUGACCAAAUAUCUUUCACUUGGUCCUCAAGAUGCAACUGAAGAAGCUGCUACUGAUUUGUUGGGGAUUCUCUUUAGUAGUGCUGAAAUAUGCAAGCAUGAAUCUGCAUUUGGUUCAGUAACGCAGCUUGUAGCUGUCUUGCGCUUGGGUGGAAGGGCGGCUAGAUACAGUGCAGCCAAAGCGCUGGAAAGCUUAUUUUCUGCAGACCAUGUAAGAAAUGCAGAAACAGCUAGACAAGCUGUGCAGCCAUUGGUGGAAGUUUUAAGUACUGGCUCGGAGAGAGAACAGCAUGCUGCAAUUGCAGCACUGAUCAGGCUGUUAAGUGAAAAUCCUUCUAGAGCCCUAGGAGUGGCUGAUGUUGAAAUGAGUGCAGUGGAUGUUCUUUGCAAAAUCCUGUCAUCAAAUUGUUCAAUGGAGUUGAAGGGUGAUGCUGCUGAGCUAUGCUCUGUUCUCUUCACAAAUACAAGAAUCAGGUCUACAGUAGCUGCAGCACGUUGUGUUGAGCCAUUGGUCUCUCUUCUAGUUACAGAAUUCACCCCUGCCCAGCAUUCAGUUGUUCAUGCUUUGGAUAAGCUCUUGGAUGACGAGCAGUUGGCUGAACUAGUUUCAGCUCAUGGUGCAGUCAUUCCUCUUGUUGGCCUUCUAUAUAGCAGGAAUUACUUGCUUCAUGAGGCUGUUUCAAGAGCUUUGGUGAAGUUGGGAAAAGACAGACCUUCUUGCAAGACGGAAAUGGUGAAAGCUGGGGUCAUCGAAAGCAUACUCGACAUACUCCAUGAAGCACCUAAUUUUCUUUCUGCUGCUUUUGCUGAAUUGCUCCGGAUAUUGACAAAUAAUGCCACAAUUGCCAAAGGCCCGUCGGCAGCUAAAGUGGUUGAGCCACUUUUCAUGUUGCUGUCACGAUCAGACCUUGGCCCAGAUGGGCAACACAGUGCUUUACAGGUUCUUGUUAAUAUUUUAGAACAUCCGCAGUGUCGUGCUGACCACACCUUAACCACUCACCAGGCUAUUGAACCUGUUAUUCCAUUACUAGACUCAAAUGUUCCGGCCGUACAACAGUUGGCUGCUGAACUUUUAUCCCACUUGUUGUUGGAGGAGAACCUGCAGAAGGACUCCUUGACACAACAAGUUAUUGGUCCACUUGUAAAAGCUCUUGGAUCUGGGAUACACAUUUUGCAGCAGAGAGCAAUUAAGGCUCUCGUUGGUAUUGCACUUAUUUGGCCAAAUGAAAUCGCAAAGGAGGGUGGUGUUAUUGAGCUGUCCAAGGUGAUAUUGCAAGUUGAGCCACCACUUCCUCAUGCUCUGUGGGAAUCUGCAGCCUCUGUUUUAUCUUGUAUUCUGCAAUUCAGCUCAGAAUUUUAUUUGGAAGUUCCCAUUGCUGUGCUUGUAAGAUUGCUUCACUCUGGUUCAGAAAGUACUGUAAUUGGAGCAUUGAAUGCUCUUCUGGUUUUGGAGAGUGAUGAUUCAACCAGCGCUGAGGCCAUGGCUGAAAGUGGUGCAAUUGAAGCUCUGUUAGAGCUUCUUAGAUGCCAUCAAUGCGAGGACACUUCUGCAAGAUUGCUUGAGGUGUUGCUGAAUAAUGUAAAAAUCAGGGAGUCAAAAGCCGGUCGAUCUGCUAUCUUACCUUUGUCUCAAUAUCUCUUAGACCCUCAAACACAAGGUCAGCAGGCAAGGUUGUUGGCAACUCUGGCUUUGGGUGAUCUAUUCCAGAAUGAGACUCUAGCCCGUUCUGCUGAUGCCGUUUCAGCUUGUCGUGCCCUGGUUAAUUUACUUGAAGAUCAGCCCACUGAGGAAAUGAAAGUGGUAGCCAUCUGUGCCCUUCAGAAUCUCGUGACAUACAGCCGAGCAAAUAAAAGAGCAGUUGCAGAAGCCGGUGGAGUUCAAGUUAUACUUGAUCUGAUUGGUUCCAGUGAUCCAGAAACUUCAAUUCAGGCAGCUAUGUUUAUUAAGCUUCUCUUUUCCAACAAUACAAUCCAGGAGUAUGCUUCCAGUGAAACUGUCAGGGCUAUAACUGCUGCUGUUGAAAAGGAUUUAUGGGCCUCUGGAAAUGUAAAUGAUGAGUAUUUGAAAGCCCUGAAUGCACUUUUUGGCAACUUCCCACGUCUGAGAGCCACUGAACCUGCUACCCUUAGUAUACCACAUCUAGUGACCUCACUCAAAACAGGCUCAGAGGCAACUCAAGAAGCUGCCUUAGAUGCUCUAUUUCUUUUAAGACAAGCGUGGUCAGCAUGCCCUGCAGAAGUAUCUCGUGCUCAAUCUAUAGCUGCUGCAGAUGCAAUUCCUUUGCUGCAGUAUUUGAUCCAAUCUGGCCCUCCUCGUUUCCAAGAGAAGGCUGAAUUUCUGCUGCAGUGUUUGCCUGGAACUCUUACUGUAAUUAUCAAGCGUGGAAAUAAUAUGAGGCAAUCAGUGGGAAACCCUAGUGUAUUUUGCAAGCUAACAUUAGGGAAUACUCCACCCAGACAGACAAAGGUUGUGUCAACCGGUCCUGCCCCAGAAUGGGAUGAGAGCUUUGUAUGGUCGUUUGAGAGUCCUCCAAAGGGCCAGAAACUACACAUUUCAUGCAAAAACAAGAGUAAAGUGGGAAAGAGUUCAUUUGGUAAGGUGACAAUCCAGAUUGAUCGAGUAGUUAUGCUGGGAGCAGUAGCUGGGGAGUAUACGCUACUACCUGAAAGCAAGAGCGGUCCCUCAAGAAAUUUGGAAAUUGAAUUCCAAUGGUCUAACAAAUAGCAGGAUCCUCCAAAUUCCCCUCAUUAAAUAUUUUUUUUGCUCAAGCUACAAAGAUGAUGAUAUUACAUCAGCGUAAGGGCUGGGAAUAUAAUACUUACCUAUAUUGGGACUAGCUCAUCCCUGAGGCGUGAGAUACCUUCUUCCUACUUUUAUUCUUUUGUCGAUCAACUUUUUGCCCUUAAAUAGUGUUGGUCGUGGUCUUGUACAUAGUAUUGUCGAGAUUGUAUUUGUAGUAUACCUGUGUUUUGUUUGUAGUAUACAUGUUUCUUGACAUUAUAAUCAUUGAUUCGUGCAUUCUUUUGUAAACUGAGUUGAAAGACACCGUUAAUAAUGUAACAGUUUUUGUUAGUGGAUUACUUUUCUAUGUUA